AAACACGUAAUGCCCGGGGAGUGACUCCUAUUAUAGAAGCACUAAAAUCAGUGGGCGGGUGGCCUAUAUUGGGACAGUCGGGUGGCUAUAAUGAGAAAGAAUUUCAUUGGAAGGAUGUGUUUGUCAAGCAAUUCGUCAAAUAUGUAUUACCGGACUCUAACGAUACUCUUGUCAAUAGAUUAUACUUUGACAGUGAUCAAUUUGUCCUCAAUUAUCCGGCAAUUCCACAGCCUAAUGAUACUAAGCAAUAUGCAAAUCCCGAUACUGCGAGAGCUUAUAAGGAGUUUAUACUACAAACGGCACUACUAUUGGGCGCUACUAAUGAUAGCCAAACUCGCAAGGAUGUGGACAGCAUAUUUUUAUACGAAGAAGCACUAGCAAGGGCUCAACCUAUUAUCU